CUGAUUGGCAGAUGUUAAAAGAGAUUCUUUGGUAAUCCUGCGCAUCAAUGAGCUGCACAAAUUCAGACCAGGACUGCAAGAAUCCAGGCAUGAGGACACUGUGCGGCAGGCUCGCACAGGCAGACCCAAGAUGGACAGAACCUUGGAAUCCCUGAGACACAUCAUUGCCCAAGUCUUGCCUCACAGAGACCCGGCUCUAGUCUUCAAAGACUUGAAUGUUGUGUCGAUGUUACAGGAAUUUUGGGAAAGCAAGCAGCAGCAGAAGGCUGCAUUCCCGAGUGAAGGUGUGGUGGUCUAUGAGUCGCUGCCAUCUCCUGGACCACCCUACGUGAGUUAUGUGACCCUCCCAGGGGGAAGCUGUUUUGGAAAUUUUCAGUGCUGCUUAAGUAGAGCUGAGGCCAGACGGGAUGCAGCUAAAGUAGCCCUAAUCAACUCCCUCUUCAACGAGCUGCCCUCUCGCCGGAUCACCAAGGAAUUCAUUAUGGAGAGUGUGCAAGAAGCAGUUGCCUCCACCAGCGGCACUUUGGAUGAUGCAGAUGACCCGAGCACCAGCAUUGGAGCCUAUCACUACAUGUUGGAGUCAAACAUGGGGAAGACCAUGCUAGAGUUUCAGGAGCUUAUGACCAUUUUCCAACUAUUGCACUGGAACGGAAGCCUCAAAGCCCUUCGUGAAACAAAAUGUUCCCGACAGGAAGUCAUCUCCUACUAUUCCCAGUACUCCCUGGAUGAAAAGAUGCGCAGCCACAUGGCCCUAGACUGGAUCAUGAAGGAGCGGGAGUCGCCGGGAAUUCUCUCCCAAGAGCUGCGAAUGGCCCUGAGGGAGCUGGAGGAAGCCAGGAAAGCAGGGCAAGAACUACGGUUUUACAAAGAAAAGAAAGAGAUCCUGAGUUUAGCCCUGACGCAGAUCUACAGUGAUCCUGACGCCUCUUCACCCAGUGAUGACCAGCUGAGCCUCACGGCCCUCUGUGGCUAUCACUAGCAAGACCAGGUCCCAGCUGCCCCCGAGGUGGGCAGAAGCCGGACUCUCCCAUGAGGAAGCUCACGGAGAGGUUUGGUCAUCAGAGGCUUUAGCACUUCUAGAUGCUUCGUGAAGGCGGUAGUAAUUCUGCUCACUUAUCCCAUGCACAGUAUCUCAAGAGUAGUAGGACCCUUAUAGGACCCAGUGUCCCCCUCAAUGCAGUUUCCUCAAUAGUUCCACCUCAGGCCGAAAGGAUGACGACAGGAUUGUUUGGAAAAUAUUUCCCACGCCUGGCUUCAACCUGAAGCCUGGUUGACAUGUGCCUUGCUGGAUUACAUAUGUUGUUUCAAAGAAAGGACCAGUGUAGCAACUCCAAAAAGAACACCAGCCAGGACUAGGGAAAGUAGCAUGAUAGCAAUUAAAAAAUAAUUGGGAUCAAAUAAACAAUAUGGAUUAUUUUUAAAAAUACCCAGGGGUCAGAGUUUCUUCUUAAGCUUUGUCAGCUGCAAGAUCAUUUACACUCCACCAGGUGUAACAUAAAACUUCAGUGGGGAUUUUAUCUGGACAUCCCACUAUCAAAGAUUUUGAAGUGGUAAUGGUAUGGAAAAUACUAUAUAAUUGUAAUGUGGCUUAAAAUGUCAUUGUAACAAUUUUUUUUUUAAAGCCCACUCUUCCAUAUGGGUAUAAAUGUCACCCAGGAUAGCACCCUCAGUUGUUUUCCUCAAGAAGAAUUAAUAUCCAGUUUUUGUGAGUCCUCAAUCAAUCAUGUGCAUUUUUAAUUUGCAAAUAGAUGAACUGCUUUAUUUUUAUGUCUGCCACCUCAGUCAUAUGUCUAUAAUGAGGACAGUUACUGGCAUUUCUAAGAUUAAAACAUUUUGAAAAAUCAUUAGCAUUUAACAGUACUUAUAUUUAAAUUUGAUUUGUUUCUCCUGCAUUAGAGAAAAGGAAUUAUUAAUUGCCUUUGCUGUUGUUCGAGAACGUAAACCACCAGUAGCUCAAACGUAGUGUCACUUUUCAGUUUAAAUUACUGGACUCUUCUCUAAAGAAGGGAUAAAAGAUUGCCAUCUCUCUUUUAAAAUGGCUUGGGUCAAUUAACUGACUAGAAAACCAAAAGCAAAUACAAACCAUUUUUUAUGGUUCUUCGUCACUCAAAUUUAAGAAUGGUAGCAGUGCCAAUUUUAAACACUUAUAAAUAGCUCCUUAUUUUUAACAUGGGAUGGAUUAUCUUGCAUUUACUCCAAUGUCAAAUUUAAUAAAAACAGUUUUCUCAAUUUUCAAUAAGAUUUCCUUUUCUUCCUGUUUAGGCAAAUGCACAUUAACUUUCAUGAAAGCUGAAACCAUUAUAAUUACACUAAUGUUUACAAAAAUGUGAUAGUUGUAGCUUCAUAUCUAAAUAUCUACAAUGCUAAUUGUCACUCCUUGAAUCCCCAAGAAACUGUAUACUAAGAAUGUAUUUUGGAAGUAGCCUUAUUAGUAAAAAUUAACUUCACACAUCAUAUUUCUCACCCCAGAGAAGUUUAGCUAUAUACCUUCCCUACUCAAAUGUCUUCCAGAAGUAAUACUAUAUAAUAUUAGAUACAUUUUAUUUAAACUAUUGUUUUAACAAAAAAAAAUCACAUCCCUCCCCUCUCCAUAAUGAGGCUAAAUGUCACCUAGGAGAAAUUCCCAAAUAGAAAUUAGAAUUAAUAGCUGUAAGUGAAUACAUUUUAAAGUUAAAUCACUUCCUAUUUAAAGCAAUGUUUUCAAGAAGUCAUCACUCUUUAUCAUUUCAGAAAAGCUACAGCUUCCCAUGUUAGGAGUGAUGAAAAGUAGGUACAUCUGUACAGCAUUUGCAGUCUUUAACGAUGACCACCUCAAGCUGACACUAUCUAACUAGAUGCAGGAACAGGAAUCAGCUAGAAAAUAUUAAAUGCAGUCUCUGCCCGGCAAUUAGAAAAACUAUACCCAUUCCGUACACUGGAAGCAGAGGCUCUGGCUUGGCCACUAUCAACUUUUCCUGGCUGGUCAAAACUGCCCACUCUUCCCACCACGGUGUGGGAGUUUCAGAAAAAUAGGCAAAAGUCAGAAUCUUUACCACUCCCUUUGAUGUUCAUUUAUCACAAAUCAGUAUCAGCUAAGAACUCUGUCGGUAUAUCACAUAAACAUCUACAAUUCUGGCCUUGAGGCUAGCAGGGUUGAAGAGCAAAGUAGACUAUUAUUAUUUUUCAUUUUCUAUAUCUUGUUCUCAAUAACACACUGUGUUGAAUGGGCCUGGAGUGGAGGAUUCUCUACUUAAAUAUAUAGAACCCUGGGUUCUAACAGUUUGUGGUUAUAAAUUCUUUGAGAAUCUAAUAGAAGCUAUGGACUUUAUCCUAGGAAAAUAGAAUGAAACAAUUACAUUCAAAAUUACACAGACUGUUUCAGAGUAUAUGUGAACCUCCCCAACAUCCAUUCAUUGCCCUGUCCAAGAACCCCCAGUUUAGAACUCUUCAUUUUUGCAUGUCUACUUAUAGUUUCUUAACUUUUCAGCAGGGCUCCAACCUAACUCAGACAUAGUCCCAUUAACCUAUCUCUGAGACAAAUGUCAUUAUCCUUAAAUACAGAAUUGCACUGACUUGUGACAAGAGAUAGUUUAAUUUUCACAAAACCCAAAUAUCCCAGAUUGUUAUGAAAAAAACUGCUUAAAGAAAAUUAGUCAUUUAAC